AUGUCUAUAGAAAUUAAAAAGUUAAUGAAAUUACAUGCUAUUUCACAGUGUACUCCUGUAAAAGGUCAAUAUUUAUCGAGUAUUUUUUGUAUUCCAAAGCCUGAUAAAUCACAUAGAUUUAUUUUAAAUCUUAAGCCCCUAAAUAAAUUCAUAAAUCCUCCACACUUCAAAUUAGAAGAUAUUCGUACCUUAUGCAAAUUAGUGACUAAGGACAGUUAUAUGUGUACAUUAGAUAUACAAAAUGCAUACUAUUUAAUUAGUAUUCAUGAUGAUUUCAGAAAGUUUUUACGUUUUAAAUAUAAAGGAAUUCUGUAUGAGUUCAAUUGUUUACCAUUUGGAUUGUCUACUGCACCAUACACUUUUACAAAAUUAUUAAAACCAGUAGUAGAACAUCUCAGAAGUCAAGGCCUCAUAAAUGUUGCCUAUUUAGAUGAUCUUAAUUGCAUAGGACUCUCUUAUGCAGAGUGCCUAGACAAUGUUCAUAAAACUGUAAAUUUACUCCAGUGUUUAGGUUUUAUAAUUAAUAUGAAAAAGAGUAAUUUAAUUCCAUCACAAGAAAGAGAAUAUUUAGGUUUUGUCAUAAAUACACAAAAAAUGAUAAUAAAACCCACAGAAAAUAAAAAGAAAUCUUUAUUAUCUGCAAUACAUAAAUUUCUUAAAUUAAAGUACUGUUCUAUUAGAGAAUUUGCUGCCUUGGUAGGUAGUUUUGUAUCUAUAUGUAUGGCAGUAUCUUAUGGAUUUGUAUACACAAAAAUAUUUGAGAGGGAGAAAUACAUAGCUUUACAGAGAUCAAAUGGAGACUAUGAAAAACAAAUGAAAAUAAAUGAAAAUGUGAAGUUAGAUUUAUCAUGGUGGCAAAAUAAGAUUAAUACCGCAUAUAAUCCAAUAAAACAGUAUCAGUUUAUAUUAGAAAUUUGGUCAGACGCUUCUAGUACGGGUUGGGGAGUACACUGUGAUGGUAAAGUGGCACGAGGUUUUUGGUCCAUUCAAGAUAAACAAAAUCAUAUAAAUUAUUUAGAACUCUUAGCAGCAUACUUUGGCUUAAAAUGUUUUGCAAAAGACUUAAAAAAUUGUGAAAUAUUAUUGAGAGUUGAUAAUACAACUGCAAUUUCAUAUAUUAAUCGUAUGGGGGGAGUUCAAUAUCCUAAGCUUAACAACUUAUCUCGAUUAUUGUGGCAAUUUUGUGAGAAGAGAAUGAUAUGGGUUUUUGCCUCUUACAUUAAAUCAAAAGACAAUAAAGAAGCAGAUUUUGAGUCUCGAAAUAGGAAUAUAGAUGCUGAAUGGGAACUAUCAGUUGAUAGUUUUAACAGGGUGGUUACAAUGUAUGGCCAGCCAGACAUUGACCUUUUUGCAUCUAGGAUUAAUACAAAAUGCAUUAAAUAUGUGUCAUGGCAAAGAGAUCCAGAAGCCUGGAAUAUAGAUGCAUUUACAUUAAGAUGGUCUGAUUUCUACUUUUAUGCAUUUCCACCAUUUUCAGUUCUUUUAAAAACAAUUCAAAAAAUUAAGAAUGAAAAGGCAAGGGGCAUCAUUAUUUUCCCUGUUUCGACUGCUCAGCCCUGGUAUCCUAUGAUGAAAUCAAUGAUAGACUCGGAAGUAAUUUACUUUCCACCUUCAUUAGAACUCUUAUCUUCUCCUUUCAGGACACCUCACCCACUACAUGCACAACUUACCCUGGGGGCAUGCAUAUUAUCAGGACAGCGUUCCAACUAA